AUGGCCACCACCUCCAUCGCCUCGAUGGGCGGCCUGCUCACCUCCCCCAUCGUCCUCGGCGCCUCCCUCCUCGCCGUGCUCGUCCUCUACCUCGCCGUCACCGGCUCUUCCGCCUCGGCCGUUGGCAAGGACGGCAAGGCCCAGCAGGAGCCGGCCGGCUUCCUCGUCUACUGCCGCUUCAUCUACGCCAACUUCAUCAAGCCGUUCCAUACCCCGUCCUCCGCCGGCGCCCCUUCAGGCCAGCAGCAGGCGCUCGAGAACUUCUACCAGACUCAGGUACUUCCACAUCAUCGUCACCACCGACGGCGAGACAACGGCGCCCCCGCUCCUGACGGCGACGAGACUUAUGGUAGACUGGUGUUGACGCUGUGUGAACAGGCUUCCGUGUACGAUGCGACUAGACGCCGUCUGCUCAGGGGCCGAGAGGACAUGCUCGGCCUCCUCGCGGCGCAGCUGAGACUCAAGAUGGCCUCCAAGGACCACAGACCCGUCUGGGUUGACAUUGGCGGCGGUACUGGGUACAACAUCGAGGCGAUGGCGGCUUUCGUCGACGUCGAGCAGUAUUUCGAGCAUGUCUACCUCGUCGACCUGUCUCCGUCGCUCUGCGAGGUCGCCAGACAGCGCUUUGCCCGUCUCGGAUGGAAGAACGUCUCUGUCUUCUGCCAGGAUGCGCGCGAGUUCCGUGUUCCUGGCCAGGACGCAAAGGCCGACCUCAUCACCAUGAGCUAUUCCCUGUCCAUGAUCCCAGACUACUACUCGGUUGUUGACUCUCUGUCCUCCCUGCUGAGAAACGACGGCACCAUCGGCGUGUGUGACUUUUACGUCCAGAACAUCGUCGACCUGGCUACUAGGAACUACACCGGCGGAGUCUCGAACCGCCACGUCAAUUGGCUCGGCCGUGUCUUCUGGCGCGCUUGGUUCGACGUCGACCGUGUCAACCUCGAGGCUGCUCGCAGGGACUACCUCGAGUACCGCUUUGGAACCGUCAUCUCUGCCAGUGAACGCAACUACCUACUCGGCGGUAUUCCUUACUAUAUCUUCAUCGGAUGCCAGAAGGACCUCACUCUCAACGACAACGACGCCAUCGCCCGUCUCGACGCCACCCUGACCGAGUCCCCUUACCUCUCGCCAACCCACCACCGCUCAGAGCUCUCCAAGGCCGUCCAGCGCACCAUUCCAGAAGUCCGAUCCAAGGCAUACGAGUCUGCCAUUGUUAACCUGUCAUCCAACUUGCCCUUGCCAUCUUUCUUCUACCAGCAUCACCACUGGCGUAUCUGCUACAACGAACUCCUCACCAAGCAUACCCAGUUCAACAAGGAGUACAUCUACGCCUUCACCUGGGAAGAUCCCCGUGUUGACCACCGCCUGCUCAACAUCACCUCCGACGACGUUAUCCUGGCCAUCACCAGUGCCGGAGACAAUAUCCUAGACUACCUCUGCGGACCCAACACCCCCCGCCGUAUCCACGCCGUUGACCUCAACCCCAACCAGAACCACCUUCUCGAGCUCAAGGUCGCUUCCUUCACCGCUCUCUCUCACGACGACUUCUGGAAGAUCUUCGGCGAGGGCAAACACGCUGGAUUCCGUGACUUGCUCAUCUCUCACCUCUCUCCACAUCUUUCCUCCCAGGCAUUCCAGUUCUGGCUCGACCAUGCCUCCGUCUUCACCUCCUCUAGCCACGGCCUCUACGAGACUGGCGGAUCCAGACACGCCCUGAAGCUGGUCCGAUACCUCUUCUCCAUCUUCGGUCUCACCGAAGAAGUCAAGAAGAUGUGUGCUGCUAAAACCAUAGAGGAACAGCGUGCUCUCUGGCAGGCUGUUUGGGAAUACGUCGUCAACACCCUCGACCCAGUCGUCAGAGAGACCCUGCUUAGCGACGACAACUACUUCUACCUGCUCUGCUUGUCCGGACAGUUCUCAAAGAAGAGUCUGCCAACUUAUCUUACUAAGAAGGCUCACACCAAGCUCUCUGCCCCAGGCGCCUUUGACGGCCUACGCAUUCACACAGACGAGAUCCAAGAAGUCAUCUCCCGCAUUACCCCCGGCACACUAACCAUAGCAGUCGUAAUGGACUCCAUGGACUGGUUUGACCCAUCCUCCCAGGCCGCAGCAACACAAGCAACGGCCUUCAACCACGCUCUCAAGACAGGCGGUCGCAUCCUCCUACGCUCCGCCAGUAUCGAACCAUGGUACAUCGCUGUCUUUGAGAAAUGUGGCUUCACCACAAAGAGAGUCGGUGCUCGAUUCCCCGGCGCCUGCAUUGAUCGUGUAAACAUGUACGCCUCUACAUGGAUAUGUACCAAGACAACUGAACUUGCUCGGGAGCCAUCAAAACAAAUCACCGGCCGCUCCGACGCAAAGUCAACAGCCACCAAGCUUGAGCGCAGCGUCAGCUCAACUAGUUCGAGCAGCGUAUGCGAGGAUCUGGAAAUCUAA